AUGAAAAAAGAUAAAGAUGGGAAAACUGUGCUUCAUAUUGCAGCAUAUAAUAAUAGUAACGAAACUGCAGAAGUUCUUAUUUCGCAUAAUGCAAAUAUCAAUGAAAAAGGUGAAGAUGGAAAUACAGCCUUUCAUAUUGCAACACGUAAUAAUAGUAAAGAAACUACAAUAAUUCUUAUUUCACUAAGUGCAAAUAUCAACGAAAAAGAUAAAGAUGGAGAAACUUCACUUGAUAUUGCAUGA